AAAAAUGCAUCAUGAUCGUGAUGAAGAUGUUGUGUUCUUCAGUUCCACUCCAAGCUCUUCAGGUUCAAGUAGUUCCACUCCAAGUUCUUCAGAUUCAAGUUCUGUAUUAUUAUCAUCUUCCUCCGAUGCAGAAUCGAUCUACAGAGCUAAAUCUCUAACUCCGUGUUUCGCUCAUGCCAAGCCUAAGCCAGUGAUUGCCAGAGACGAAGGAAUAUUCAUCAAACCAGAAUCCAAAUCCAGAGCGAUGAAGCUUUACAACAAUCUCCAAACGGUGAAGCAACCAAUCUCACCAGGUCGAAAACUCACAAGUUUUCUCAGCUCACUGUUUAUAAACACGAAGAAAACAAAAACUGUUUCCUCUUACAAAGAUAUGAAUGCAGAGAGAAAAGGUAAAUCGCAACAAACUUCAAGUCGCUCUUCAGCUUCUUCGUUUUCGCGUUCUUGUUUGAGUAAAAACAUAUCUACGUCAAGAGAUAAAUCACAUAAAUCACAUAAUGGUGCUAAAAGAACAGUGCGCUUUUGUCCAGUAAGUGUGAUUGUUGACGAAGAUAAUCGAGUUUGCGGUAACAAAUGUUUGCAUGGAGGAGAAGAAGAUUUAAGUCUAACUGCAUUGUCUGUUUCAGCAGCAUGCAAAAUUGGACGAUCAGUGAGUAAGAAGAAAGAAGAAGAGGUUUUGAAUAUGAACAAUAGAGUGGAGGAUGUUUUAAUAGAGUUUCAUCUUAAUCGGAAGCUUUUGAGAGAUUACUCUAUGAGAAAAAAUGAGAAGGAUGAUGGUGACAUAGCACGUUGUUCAAGUUCAGAUCUUUUCGAGCUAGAUCAUUUAGCAUUGAUCGGAAAUGAUAGGUAUUAUUAUGAGGAUUUGCCUAUGUUUGAAACUACUCAUGUUCGAUCUAAUAAUCGUGCCAUUCUCAAUAUGUAA